UAUAGUCAAGUUGUAUGAUCUAACUACCUCAUCAGGGCAGGGAACUUGGCACGUUAUAUAAAUUCGAAAUUUCAAGUAGAUAAUCAUGCUAGAAAAAGUAAACAUAUAGGCGAAUCAUUUAAUCAAAACACAUGAUCUGGUUGGCUAAUAAUUUACAAUGCUACAAAAUUUCAUUGAUCAUACGAAAUCAAAAUGUACCGCGAGAUACAUGCACACAAAACCGAAACCUUUAAAACCUCGCUCAGGCGACUCUAGAUUUGGAAAAGCGCCAAAACCCAGAAAACGAAUUCCUUCGUCGUCGAAACAAUUAAUCCUUAAUAAAAAAGAUCGAAGCAGAAAAAAAUCAAGGUUGGAAGUGUUAAUAACAACGAAGUUAUGAAAAUUGUGGGUUUAAAUCUAUAGAAGGAAGGAGUGUCAAAGAAUGUGGUGUUCUGCCUGAACCACGCGUGUUCGCAUCAUGGCGAACGUACCUUGCAGAUAUCGUUACGACGACCUUAAGAUAGCCACAUUCUGUUUAAUGAAGACACUUAAACAGAAAAGAAUUCAUAGGGUUCUAUUACUUGCGCCGAUAUCAUUUUACGUGCUUCGAUCUUAUCAAUCAGUGGUACUUUUCGUGAUUAUAGAAUUUUAUUGAUCAUGAAUCCGUAGAAGGUGGCACGUUUCGGCGUUUUUUUAACGAUUGCGACUCGUGGUGAUAUCUUUUUGUGAUUUUAUUUUUAUUAUGUGGAUACCCAAAGGAUGCAAUGGGAUUAUCUUUGGGAUACGAUCAAUAGCCGUGGAGGACGAGGACGAGGAGGAGGACGAAAUGGCUGAUAAGGGUGGAGACGAGUUUGGCUGUGGACAGUUGCUGAUGCCGUUCGAACAAUUGCUCCAGAACACAGGAUCUCAGACGACCUUCAACCGACAAAUGGUGGGCAGGAUCUUGCUGGAAUACUUCAAGUCCGCCGUGGAUACAAAUAGCGAAUUAAAUGUCGACGAGGUUUUCAAUACCGUUCACCAGAUCGUCAGCGAUCCAGAACCAUCAAUUAGGUUGGACUUGGUUGAACAGCUUCCACAUGUGGUGAUAAUGUGUCAGGAAACGCCCCAUCUUUUUGGGGACGUUGUAUCCCGCUACAUACUUGGGAUCAUCCUGAAAUAUCUCCGCGACUCCGAUAACCAGGUGCGACAAACUGCACAAGCAGCCCUGAUUGCUAUAGUCGAACGAGGAAUUCUGAGCAAGAAACAACUAGAAUAUGAAAUCUGUCCUGUGAUUCUGAAGAUGACCUACAUGCAAAUCGAGUUUCUCAAUACAGCUAUAGUUCUUAUAAGCAAACUGGGGCCAUAUAUGGGAAGUGAACUCUUAGAGAGGGUUUUACUGGACAGAUAUCUGGUUCUCUGCGAGGAUGACAAAUUCUUCGUCAGGAAGGUUUGCGCCUCUUACUUAGGCGAAAUAUGUGCGGCCAUCACGAAAACAGUGGUUUAUAAAAAAUUACUACCUAAAUAUAUCAAUUUGUGCAUGGAUGAAAUUUGGGGUGUGAGAAAAGCCUGCGUGGAUGUCAUGUUAUCCGUUGCUUCCUGCGUUACCAUACACGAAUAUCGUUUGGUGCUUUCAAAACUACUAGCGACUCAGUUGAACGAUGAGUCGAAAUGGGUGCGGACAUCUGCUUACCAAAUUCUAGGACCCUUUAUAUCGAUUUUCGCAAGGCAGUUCUCUGGCCUGAGAUACAAUCAGUUUGGAGAUUUUGUGAUGUCUCAUAGUCAAGGUUCUACACUCCGACAAAACAUAGUACCUUCCACGAAAAACGAGUCGGUAGUGGGACCAAACGACAUAUUCGCAACGCCACUCGAGCGGGAAAUUGGAGUUUUGGGGAUUGAUAUGUAUGUUUCGAAUAAAGGAAAAGUGCCAUCAAAUGGAAAGAAGAAGAAUGAUUCUAUGUACUUUCCAAUAUCCAACUGGCUAGGUGAAAUCGCUGAGAGCGAAGAACAAACAGACGGUUCGGGUGAGGCAUCCGGAGAUGAUGUAAACAAAUUCAACCCCUUCCAGUAUUACUACAUUCCUCCGGAAAUGCCGUUAGAUUUGGAAUUGGUUCAGCCUUGCGAUAAAACAUCUAGUGAAGAUGUUGGUGGAGAGGGUUUUGAAGAAGUCUUCGAUGACGUUUUCAGUGAAGCGCUGAGUGAGAAAACGGCUCAAGUGUUGCCCGGAGGUUCUUGGCAGCAACAGACUGAAUCGCCCCCGCAAUCUGUCGCCGACAAUGUCGUCAGCAAUAGAAAACCGUCCACCACGAGUUCAAGUUUAGAAAAGCCAAAGGCAGAGCAAUCGGAUGGCGCAAUCCGAGAGGAGAACUUAGAAUCUGACGUUUCAAAGCUUUAUAGUAAUUUUGUAAUAGGAUUAUACACUACUCCUAUUAAGCCGCCCAAAAUCAGUAAUUUAAUUAGGGAAACUGCUGAAAAUGUGGAAAUCUCAAACAUCGAGCAAGUCGAAACAGAAUCGACUAAAAAGUCGCAUCAAGAUUUUGAAGAAGAACCUAUGCACGAAUCCGGGGACAAGGCAGACAAUUCGGAAUGUGACAAUAAAACCUGUGAUGUGCAGCCAAAGUCAGAAUCUUUGAAUGACGCUUGCGAUGUUUCAAAUCUUAGUCGAGAUGUUGAAACAGGAGAAUAUAAUACUCCGCCUACCAGUGCGUCCAACAAAACUUGUGAUGCGCGGCCAAAGUCCGAAUCAUUGAAUGACACUGUCGAUGUUUCAAAUCUUAGUCGAGAUUUUGAAGAAUAUAAUACUCCUCCUAUCAGAGUGUCCAGCGAAGAGAGCGCGGGCGAAAUCGUACCCCAAUUCCUGAUUGACUACUUUGUGUCGAUGGUCGACCCCUCGCCACUGACUGACAUCGGAACGGAAAUCCACCAUCAAUGUGCCUUCUACUUUCCUGCGGUUGUGAUGACUCUCGGCAGGAAGAACUGGCAUCAACUCAAGAACGCCUAUCAAGCUCUGGCUAGCGCCGUACAGUGGAAAGUUCGGUGCACUCUUGCCUCGAGUAUUCACGAAAUCGCCCUAAUUUUAGGCGAAGAACUCUCGGGCAGCGACCUCGUGCCGAUCUAUGAUGGAUUUAUCAAAGAUCUCGAUGAGGUUCGAAUAGGAGCGCUUAAACAUCUUAAUACAUUCUUGAGAGUCCUGAGGCCAGCCGAUCGUCAGCAAUAUCUGCCCAAGUUGUCCGACUUUGUUGUCACGGACAAUGAGUGGAAUUGGAGAUUCCGAGAGGAAUUCGCUGGACAGCUCGUGAAACUUGUUGUUCUUUACAAACCUGAGGACGUUUCUGAACAUAUCGCCCCGCUGGCUUUACAGCUACUGCAGGACAAAGUUGCCGCUGUCAGGCAAAUUGCUGUUUCAUUGAUAACGGUCAUUACAACGUAUUUGAGAGACGAGAAGGCUCUGGUGACAGCUUUAAUUCAGGAACUUCGAGAUUUAUUAUCACUCAACAAAUGGACAUGUAGGCAAACUUACGCUCUCGUUUGUUCACAAUUAGUCAGAGAUACGGCAAUUGAUAGGGACGUUUUUGGCAAGGAAAUGAUGCCGUGUCUUCUGAGACUGUCGGAAGAUAAAGUACCGAAUGUCAGAUUGGCGGUCGCCAGGUGUUUGUCAACGGAUAUCAUUCCCGUGUCACAAUGGUUCGAGGCCGAACUCAUGGAAACGAUCGUUAAGAAGUUGAAAAAAUUGCACUGCGACCCUGAUCGCGACGUGCGAGUACUAGCUGGGGGACGUGAAAUCAUCGAGCCAGGCGAUUGUCAUACUUUUCUCUUAGACGCUUUCUAACAUAAGUUGAUCUCGUCUUCUGGAAUGUCACUAACGGACCCUUAAUCAACCCAGGAACUUCCUGAAGAGUAAAAGGUAGAACAAGCGUCGUGAAAAAGAGAGAAAAAAAAGUAGGCUAGCGGGGAAUCUUGUCCCCAAUGCAUUUGUAACGGAAGCUCAAGUUUUUUUUCUACACAUUUACGCUACCAACGAGGGUUGACAAGUGACUUUGAUAAAAUGCUGUCGACGACUUUAGAGAAUAAAUUUCGGGUUCUCGAGCCUUUUUAAUAAGAAACCGUGAAAGAGCCGAUUGUCAAAAGACAGUGUGAAUGCCAGAAUGUUGUAACUGCGUGUUAUGAAUGCCUACGCGAAUCCUUUGUGAUCGUUUUGAUUUUAAGUUGUCGACAGAGAAAGAAUUGUCAGCUUCGUGCAUUUUGUUAAUUUUUUAAGCAAGUAUUGAUUUCUGCGUGCAUCAGAGAGGAGGAGGAGGCGGUGGCGGCAAGCCCAUGGAAUCCGUUGGUCCCUUCAGGAUCAAUAACUCUUGAUUCCAGAGAUACGUUUAAGUCAGAGUUUUGAAGUUAGACCUUAACAAGCGGCUCGCUCCUUAAUCCAGCGUUCUGUCAAACCUACCGGAGCCUAAAUAAAAUCAAAUGGAUAAUGGAAUUGCAAACUGCGUCCAAGUUUUAUCAGUUACAAAAUAAGAAUCGCGUCUUGUUGCGAGAUCCGAGCGUCAGUCGUUUUGCGAUCAGACGUGAAGCAUUUUUUUAGCACCUGUGAAUAUUUACGCAUUUGGAUGGAAGAUAUCUUAUGUAUAAACGAAAGAAAAAUAAACUUCAAGCGAUUUGUUACAU